AUGGAAGUCCGUAAAGUACGUGAGAUUAUUAGUAAGGUGUUUAAGGAGUUCGAUGACAUCUCGAACGAGGAGAUGCACGAGUACAAGCGCCUAAACCCGAGGGCGGCUUCGGAUUUUGUUCGAGAUGGUGAGCAGUACGAAAUUGAUACAUUUUCUGUUGUUGAUGAGUCAUUCUUGGAGCGAACGCAACCCGUGAAGUUCUUUGACAGGGUGUUCGAGGAACAAUGGAAGGGUAGUAGGGGUAAGAAGCGGUCUAGGAUGAUGACAAUCAACGAAGUUAAUGAGUGUAAUACAUCGGAGAGUUUGAUUGAGUUGGGACCUGUGAAUCUUAAAGAGGGUUUGGAUGUCUUGGGACUCAAUUCUGAGGGUACUGUCUUACAGAAAGCGGCGAGGCUGUUACUGAUCAAGAACACCCCUGAAGACAGGCUGAAUCGAAAGUACUUAAAGACGGGAAGAGAAGAUGUACAACAGUAUGAUUAUAAAGUCACAGGACUCGUCGAGGCUAAAGUGAAGAAGUUCUGUGGGAUUCUUGAAGAGACUAUUGAGCAAAUUCGACAAGAUGUUGAGAACAGGCUAAUGAUGACUGCUAAUGAAAUAACUUAUGACUGCGAGGCUGAUCAUUCGCUUGGCUUAAAGAUCGAUGGAGAAGAGGGUGUCGAAAAGGUUGUUGAUAACUUGGUGCUGGGUUGGAAUGGACUUGACCAAGAAUUCGAGUGUCAGAUAUGUGGGAAUUACACCUACAAGGGGCAGAUUGCUUUUGAGAGGCACUUCCGUGAAGAGCGUCAUGAACAUGGAAUGCAUUGCCUGGGAAUACCAAACUCUCAGAUCUUUUAUGAGAUUACUGAGAUUGAUGAGGCAGAGAAGUUGUGGGAGGAUAUUCGACCGAGACAGGAAAUGUUCCAAUGGUGUCCUGCAUCAGAUGAGGUUUAUGAAGAUGCAGGCAGUAACAUCCAUCUACACUAA